AUGACGGCGGGAGGACUGGCCAUUACUAAUGCUGCUGCAGCAGCAGCCGGAUGGGGAGGAGCAGCAGCAAUUCGAGGAACACGAGCAGGAGGGGGUGGUACUAGUACAGGCAGUAUUGAUAGUCUCAAUGUGGCGACUGCAUUGACUAGCGGCGUGACAGGCAGCGCUAGUAGUAGUAGUAGUAGUAGUAGCGGUGGUGGUGACGGUAAACACCAUCGACUGUGUAAUAAUAGUACUAGGAGUGAUAGUAGUAGUAGUAGUAAUAAAGGCAGUAGCAGCCAUAGCAGCAGCAUUAGCACUAGUAAUAUUAGUAGUAGUAAUCCUGUUCAGGGUGUUUGUCUCUCUCUGGCCUACUGUGAGCAACAGCGUUACCAACAGCAACAUGCGAUCACUCACGACAACAGCAGGAGAACGGCAACUAAGACAACGGCAAUAGCAACAUCGAAACCAUUCACGUUGCCGCCGUCUUUCUCUGCUGGGGCUGGUGGAUGGCCGGAUCAUUACUUGCCUAAUGCAGAGCUGUUGGCGAUUGACAAACAGUUGGAAAGGGUUCUCAGGUGUGAGAUGCUUGGAGAAGAAGAAGUCAAAACUUUAUGCAGUACUCUGAAGGAUAUUUUAGUGACUGAAGGGAACGUGCAGAACGUGUCUACACCAGUUACGGUUGUUGGAGAUAUUCACGGACAGUUCCACGAUUUCCUCGAAAUGUUUAAGUGUGCUGGCACGUGUCCGUCGGUAAAUUUUCUGUUUCUAGGCGACUACGUCGAUCGCGGGAUGAAUUCCGUGGAGUGUGUUAGUCUUGUGUUGCUUCUCAAGGUGCGUUAUAGACAUCGAGUAACACUCAUACGAGGAAACCACGAGAGCCGCCAGAUCACGCAGGUGUAUGGGUUCUAUGAUGAGUGUUUGAGAAAGUAUGGAAAUGCGAAUGCGUGGAAUUACUUUACAGACGUUUUCGACUAUUUGCCGUUGAGCGCGUUGAUUGAUGACAAGAUAUUCUGCCCGCAUGCGGGUCUCUCUCCAAAUGUGGAUACACUCGAUCACGUUCGUUUACUAGAAAG